GGCCAGAGCGAUGGAAACGUCAGUGAGGGCGGAAGUUGGAAGAAGCAGCUUUCCGGAAGAGACUUCCACGUGUCUGUUUGUGGGGAGGCUACACACUGAGGGGCUGAGUUUCCUUCCUUCCUUCCUUCCUUCGUCAACCGGAGGCAUGAGUUGCCCGGUGACCUGCGUGGCUUGGGUUCCGCGAGGCGUUGCCAAGGAGAGGCCGGACAAGGUCGAACUCGACAAGGAGGAACUGAAGCGCUUGAUCUCCGAAGCCAAGGAGAGACUGCAGACAGGAAAUAGUGAUGAUGAUGAUGAACAAGAAGAGGCUUCAGGAGAAGCCAUGGAUGUUGCAGAUGUAGCUACCUCUGCCUCCCAGGAUGAAGACCCUGAAGAGUCUGAAAAGCUGAAUGAUGAUGAAUUAGCAGAAUAUGACUUGGAUAAUUAUGAUGAGGAAACUUCAGGUGCUGAGAGUCUUGGAGAGACCCUAGCAGGCCUUACAGUUUAUGGCAGCAAUGAAAGUGAUCCUUACGUCACUAUAAAAGAUACAGAGCAGUAUGAGUUGGAGGACUUUGUGAUUAAGCCCAGUGACAAUCUUGUUGUAUGCGGCAGAGUUGAUAAGGACCAUUGCACUCUAGAGGUUCACGUUUAUAAUCAUGAAGAAGACUCCUUUUAUGUCCAUCAUGAUCUCAUCUUAUCUGCGUACCCUUUAAGUGUGGAAUGGCUGAAUUUUGAUCCCAACCCAGAUGAUUCUAGAGGAAAUUAUAUUGCAGUGGGCACAAUGAACCCUGUGAUUGAAGUAUGGGAUCUUGACAUUGUUGACUGUUUAGAACCAGUCUUUUCCCUUGGAAGCAAGAAAGCAAAGAAAAAGAAAGGAAAGAAGGGUGCAUCAAAAGAAGGCAGUCAAGGAGGACACACUGAUGCCGUUCUUGAUCUUUCAUGGAAUAAACAACUCAGAUCUGUGUUGGCGAGUGCAUCAGCUGACCAUUCUGUGAUUCUUUGGGACAUGGCCACAGGGAAACCAGCAGCAAACCUUGCCCUUCACACAGACAAAGUACAGACACUACAAUUUCAUCCAUUUGAAACACAGACUCUGAUUUCCGGCUCUUACGACAAGUCAGCCAUUUUGUAUGACUGCAGAAGUCCACAGGAUAAUCAUCGAAUCUGGCGGUUUAGUGGACAGGUUGAAAGAGUGACGUGGAAUCAUUUUUCUCCUCAACAUUUCUUAGCCAGCACAGAAGAUGGAUUUGUGUACUGCCUCGAUGCCCGUUCACAUAAACCAGUUUUCACAAUGAAAGCUCAUGAUGGAGAAGUAUCUGGACUACAGUUAAGCAGCCAAAUUAAAGGAUGCCUUGUUACAACAUCAGAAGAUAAAUAUGUGAAAAUCUGGGACAUAUUAGGAGACAAACCUAGUUUGGUUCAUUCCAGGGAUAUGAAAAUGGGUGUCCUCUUCUGUGCAGCUUGUUGCCCAGACCGACCAUUCGUCUAUGCCUUUGGAGGGGAAAGACAAGGACUACGUGCUUGGGACAUAAGCACAAUUUCUGCAGUGAAUGAAGUUUUUGGAAACCGGCAGAGGUUAGUGGUUGCCCAAACAAGUCAUGAAGCUGAAGCACAGACUUCUGCAAACAGCAGCAAUGCUCCAGAAGCUAUUACAGAAUCAUGAUGUAAUUUAACUCUAUACAUAUUCAAUGCUAAUAAUUAUGAUUUCUGUAAAAUUUGUAUUUUAUCAUGA